AUCACACAGCAGAAGAGCUCGCUGUGCGCAUGCUCCUAGCUAUAGCAUUUUACUAUAGUAUAUUAGUCUUCCUCCGUCCUCUCGCUCCAUCAGGCUCGUGUUCUUGUGUUGGGGGGUGUUGGGUGGUGCUGGGUGGUGUUUGUUGGUGUUUGUUGGAGAGGACAGCAGCUGCUCAUGUACUCUGGAGUUAAGUUGUAGUUCGGUUGAGCCCUCGGCCCGUCGCUAAGAAGAAACGGACUAUGUCGGCAAAUAAAACAAAGAAAGUCAAAAUGGCUACUAAAUCCUGUCCUGAAUGCGACCAACAGAUCCCAGUUGCGUGCAAGUCCUGUCCAUGUGGUUAUGUGUUUAUUAGCAGGAAGCUGCUAAACGCGAAAUUAAAUGAGCGCUCCUCUCCGGCUAUAGCAGACAAACUGGACUUUAAGCGAAGGAGAACAGAGCGCAUUCGUAGAGAGAGGAUAGAUUCUUCUUUAACCAAUGACAUGGAGAACAGGAGGCGACCUCGAGCAAACAGCCAAUCAGAUCCCAUCCGGAGGGGACGUGGAAGACCCAAAACAGUGGGACUGAAGAAACAGGAAGAAGAGAAAGAGAAACAAGAAAAGGAAGUGGAUCUUUAUGCAGGUCUUUCAGACGAGAAGGCUUUCGUGUUCUCGGUGGCUUUAGCUGAAAUCAACCGAAAGAUCCUGGGUCAGAGGCUCAUCUUAUAGAAGAUCACCCAGAGAGUGGAGAACUCAUUGGAGAAAAACUAUCACACGGCAAGAGGCUGACCAAAGAGUGUGAACGUGGCUGAAGUUUUAGCUGGAUGAUGGACUGAAGUGGACGUGGUUUUCAGUUCCUUGAAUAACUCUCCCACCACACGGACACUCAGGCAUGACUUGAAUAAAAUCAAAUAUAGAGUUUGUGUUUAAACAACACAGUGGAGGGAUUUUAUGCUAUAGCUACAUGAAGUGUAUAAAUCCAAACAGAACUGUGUUCAGAGGGCCUUGUAUAUAUGAGUUACAUGGAGAGGGAGAGGCUUUUAAGAAAUGCAUUGAAACGUUGAGGUUGAGUGUGCACAUUUGAAGUUGCCUUCAUGUUACUUUGAGGGACAGAGGCACUUGUGUGUUGUUUCCUUAGAAAGUGAAGAUAAUUAAAAGUCUAAAGCCUGACAGAUAUAUAUGGAAUAAAGAUUGUAUUACUGGCA